AUGUAUGAAUCGUAUAAACCCCACCCCCUCCUCGCCCAGGUGCCCCUUACCGUGUCUCCCUUCGUCAACCUGCCGACUUCGGUCACCCUACCCUACACGUACAAAACCGUGCCGACCAGUCUCCCUCCAUCGGUGACUAUCGAUGCUAGCCAGCCAGAUGGUAAGGCCCGAUAUGUGGUGUCCGCUAGUGGAGAACACGCCGCUCACCCGGAGGAGAUCCUCGGGGCGUGCCGGUCUCUCGAACAGCAUCUGAAGAAGACACAGGCGGACGCACAGGAGGCAAUUCAGCGAUGGGAGACAUCCAUCCGGGAACGAGAUCUCGCUGAGAAACGGCGCGUUGCCCCCGGAUGGCUCGAUCGAGAUGAGAAGCUGUUACAGCCCAGCAGAGCGGCUGCGAGUAUGGGGUCAUCGCAUGAGCGCAGUCUGCUGGACAGCCAACCGGCCGGACCAGAUAUGUCUCAACUCCCAUCUGUCUCCCCUCGGGAUGAGGGUGCAGAGCUGGAUCGGGCGUUUGGGGGGUUGGACAUGCAAUGA